AUGUUUGGCGUCCAGCAAAACCAAGCUCAGAAUGGAAUGCCUGCCAGCAUGAUCACCGAAUAUAAUGGUAUGAAGAUGGAGAUGGUCGCUCCUGGACCAAACAACCCGGGAGGUAUGUUCAAUACGAUGCCAGGAAUGCCCGCCCCGGCUCCUGCCCCAGCUCCAGCGCCUGCUCCCGUUUAUGCGCCUCCUCAAGCAGUUGCUCCGCCACCAGCUCCUGUAGCUCCUGCGCAAAAUCAAAACGAAAGCUCCGGCUGCUGCAUUAUCCUGUGA